AUGCAAGCUCGGGAGAAAUGCCUAAAUGGCUGUGCAUGGAAAAAGAUGAUGAGCGAGAAACAUGAGUGCAAAAGCAGCCUCAUGACUAAAGGUCGUCAGACUGGAAGGCAACAAGGAUUCCGAAUAGUGGGCAAGCCGAGACAUCAGACUGGACAAGACGAAGCCGGGCACAAAAAGCAUAACUAUGACGACACUCGCAACAGGAGGGAUAACACAGUUUCAUAUCCGAAUCGCCUUUCUUCCAGCAUUUUCAGUCCCUUUAGAACUCCUCCCUUUUCUCCAUUUUACGCUGUGAUAAUUUAUAUAAAUACAGGAACUGUGCAGGAAAAAGUAGAGAUCCAAUAA